AUGAAGGCUGUCCAGCUGGUUCGCAGCGGACCUGCGAGCCUUCGGAGACAACCAGAGUCUGCCGCUCGGGCGUCCCUCGCGCGGCCGUGCACGGCGCGCGGGCCCCACGGCUCCGUGCGGCCCGCGGUCGGCCUCGCCCUGCGCCCUCGGGCCAAGCGCGGCCAAACGCUCCGGCGGCACUACAAGGCGCUCGCAGAGGACGCCACGUCCAGCGUGGACGGUGACGGCGACGACAGCUACCGCAUCGACUUCAAGAGCGUCGAGGACGGCAAGCUCACGGAGAUCAUCGUUGCGGCGCAGAACGAGCCGGGGCUGCUGCUGAACGUGUCGGCGACGUUCAGCGUGGAGAAGAUCCACGUGCACGAGGCGACGAUCAACACCCUGGACGACGGCCUCGUCGUGGACAAGUUCAUCGUGUCGCGCGACGGCAAGGCGAUCCCGGAGGGGGAGUGGGACACGAUCGCGGACGCCAUCCGCGGCGUGCUGGAGUCCUCGCAGCAGUCCUCGAAGCCCGCGAUCUACGGGCAGGUCGCCGCGGCAGAGCUGCAGCGCCUGCGGCCCCUGCAGGCGCAGGACGAGGACUCGGCCGGGUCGCUGGAGCUCGCGGCCGCGGAGCUCUCGCACGCGGCCGCGCAGCUGGUCGCGGUGGAGAAGGACCUGAUCCGGCGGCGCCGCGAGGCGGAGGAGGGCGGCGGGGCGGAGGCGUCGUCGGACGACGAGAACGCGGCCACGGCCAAGCUGGAGCUGGCGCGCGCGGAGCUGGCGGCGACGCUGGAGCGGCGCAUGGCGGCGAUGGAGGCGCUGCUGGCGGCGCGGAAGAACGAGGUGAAGCCCGCGGAGCCGAGCAAGGCGCGCGGCGGCGGGGCGGACCUGCGCUUCGAGGGCGGCGGCGGCACCGGCACGGGCCCCGCGUGCGGCAGCGGGUACGAGAUCAUCCUGCAGGGGUUCAACUGGGAGUCGUGCAAGCAGCAGUGGUACAAGCACCUCAAGGGCGUCGCGGCCGACAUUGCCAAGGCCGGCGUCACCGCCGUGUGGUUCCCGCCGCCGACCGACUCGGUCAGCCCGCAGGGGUACCUCCCGCGGGACCUGUACAAGCUCGACUCGGAGUACGGCACGGAGGCGGAGCUGCGCGAGGCCCUGCGCGCGAUGAAGGAUGAGGGCCUGAUCACCAUCGCGGACAUUGUCAUCAACCACCGCUGCGCGUCGUACCAGAGCGACGACGGCACGUGGAACAAGUUCGGCGGGCGCCUGCCGUGGGGUCCGGAGGUGAUCUGCAACAACAACCCGCAGUGGAAGGGCAAGGGCGGGCACAAGAAGGAGGGCGACUACUCGGCGGCGCCCAACAUCGACCACCAGCAGGAGAAGGUCCGGAAGGACGUGAUCGAGUGGCUGAACCACAUGAAGACGGUCGGGUACGACGGGUGGCGCUUCGACUUCGUGCUCGGGUACGACGGCAAGUGGACGCGCGAGUACGUCGACGCCACGGUGCCGCUGAUGGCGUUCGGCGAGUACUGGGACGCGUGCAACUACAACGACGGCGUGCUGGACUACAACCAGGACUCGCACCGGCAGCGCACGGUGGACUGGUGCGACCGCACGGGCGGCACGAGCGGCGCGUUCGACUUCACCACCAAGGGCAUCUUGCAGGAGGCAGUGCAGCGCAAGGAGUACUGGCGGCUGGUGGACAAGGAGGGCCGCCCGCCGGGGCUGGUGGGGAUGUGGCCGUCGCGCGCGGUGACGUUCAUCGAGAACCACGACACGGGGUCGACGCUGCAGCACUGGCCCUUCCCCUGGGACCAGUCCAUGCAGGGGUACGCCUACAUCCUGACGCACCCGGGGACGCCGUGCAUCUUCUGGGACCACUUCUACGGCCCGGACAGCAUGAAGAAGGGCAUCCGCGAGCUCAUCGCGGUGCGGAAGGAGAUGGGGAUCCACAGCCGGUCGCGCGUGACGGUCCAGGUGGCGGCGACCGACGUGUACGGCGCGACGAUCGACGGGAAGGUCGCGAUGAAGAUCGGCCCGGGCGACUGGAGCCCGAACAAGGCCGGCGUCAGUGGCACGUGGGAGCGGGCGUCGACGGGGCACCACUACGCCGUCUGGAAGAACACCGACGCCCUCUAG